AUGUCAAAACCGUGGAGAGCGAGGACUCCGAUGAUAUUGAAGUCUGUUUGGCCCGCCACUCAGCCUGAGGUUUCUGAAUCAUGGAGUAACGGUGCUGUGUUGGAUUACAUUUCAGUGUGCCUUAGGGUGCACGUCUUGGGAAACAACGGUUCUCCAGUGUGGGUUCAACCUGACUGCUCCCACAAAGCCAUCACCAAGGGCGGAGCCGAGCCGAACCUAAAGAGAGGGCGGCUUUUGAUAUAUAAUUCUCCCGAACGUCCCCACAACCCAUACUACUGGCUCACUAAACAAGCUCACAAUCGGCACCGAGAGAUAGAUGCAUACAUCGUCUGUCCCGGUUGCCUUGAGUAUAGCUUACCAGUCACAGACACCAAAGACGGUAUCGUCGUCGUCGUCAGAGGACCCUGGAUAGAGUUAUCGCCUACAGACGGGGCCCUUGGAGGGCCUGGGCCUUUCCGACCUCCGGAGGCUGUCUGGAAAGCUAAAAUCAGGCACCUAGUGCCCGCAAGCCACUCCGAAAGAUAUCGAUUAUGUCUCUGUAUGAGGCCAGACUAUGGGACACCCUCGGUUGAUGAUGCGCUUACCAGGCUGCAAGAGUGUCAGUACGGUCUUCAGAGCAAUAACGCCGUUUGGAAAGAGACUGGGUGA